AUGGUCUCACUACAACAACUAACAAUAUCAAUAUUACUACUUUUUACGGCAUCUGUGCAAUCAUUGGACAUCAAUGUUGAUGAUAAAGAUUCGAUAUGUUCUGCAGCUAAGUAUGUUGUCCAAGGUAUUUGGAACUAUUACGAAGGUCUCAAGUAUGGGGGUACAGUAGGAAUGUUUGCUCCACCCAACUAUUGGUGGAAUGCCGGAGAAGCCUUUGGCGGUUUAGUCGAUUUUUACACUUACUGUCAAUCUGACAAUUCUACAUUGGAAAAAUUGAUCUAUAAUGGUAUGUACCAUCAAGCCGGUGAAAACUAUAAUUAUAUUCCAUCCAAUCAAUCGAUGACAGAAGGUAAUGAUGAUCAAGGUGUUUGGGGUAUGGCUAUUAUGGAAGCUGUGGAAAGAAAUUUCACUGAGCCGGAAUCACACAGUUGGUUAGAAAUGGUCCAAGCCGUAUUCAAUACCAUGAAUGCAAGAUGGGAUGCCGAUAAUUGCGGUGGUGGGUUAAGAUGGCAAAUUUUUACCUGGAAUUCUGGUUAUGAUUAUAAGAAUUCAAUUUCCAAUGGUUGUCUUUUCCAUUUAGCGGCAAGGUUGGCAAGAUAUACUGGGAACAGUUCUGUUUAUGUGGACACUGCUGAAAAAGUUUGGAAAUGGAUGGAAGAUGUAGGAUUUUUAACUGAAGAGGACAAUGGUGAUGUUAGAAUCUACGAUGGUGCUAAGAUUACUAAUAACUGUAGUUCUGUGACUGACUUGAGAUGGUCUUACACAUAUGGUGUAUUUAUGGCUGGUUGUGCUUAUUUGUACAACUUUACAGGUGAUGAUGUAUGGUUGACUAGAACAAACGAGAUUGUCCAAGCAUCUUUGUCAUACUUCUUUGCCAACAAGAUUAUGCAAGAAACAACUUGUCAGCCUCAAAACAAAUGUAAUAACGAUCAAAGAUCUUUCCGUUGCUUAUUUUCACGUUGUCUUGGUUUAACUACACAGUUGGCACCAGAAACCAAAGAUAGAAUUAGAGAAGUUUUGGAAGCAAGUGCUGAAGGUGCUGCCAAGUCAUGUUCUGGUGGGUCCGAUGGAGUCACAUGUGGUGAAAAUUGGGCAAUAGACAAGUGGGAUGGUGUUUAUGGUUUGGGUGAACAGACUAGUGCUUUGGAGGUUAUGAUGGCAUUGAUCGUUGAGCCACCACUUUCUGUCAAGACAGGUGGUACUAACAGAACUGACUAUUCUGCUGGUACCAACUCGGAAGAUAAUGCCAAUAAGAAUGAAUUGACCAUUACAGGAAAGGACAAAGCGGGUGCUGGUGUAUUGACAGCAAUAGUGUUGGCUGUCAUUUUGGGUGGAGCUAUAUGGAUGAUCUUUUAA